CACACAAAUUAACUUGUGGAAAUAAACAUAUUUUGACCAAAUAAUCAAUCAAUAUUCUCAAACUUCAACUAAUUUUUGUUAUAUGGAGAUACAAUGUGGUGCCUUCUUUGCUUCAAUGCUUGCUUCAAUUUUGUUUCUCCAAUCAACUCUAGUUCAAGGUACUAUUGGCGUUAAUUAUGGUACAAUGGCAAAUAAUCUUCCACCACCAAAAGAAGUUGCAACAUUUCUAGUGAAAUCCACCAUUAUCAACCGUAUUAAGCUUUUUGAUUCAAAUAGAGAAAUUUUACAAGCAUUUGCUCGUACUGGGAUUGAAGUUACAGUCACUAUCCCUAAUGAUCAAAUCCCUCAGCUUACCAAUCUAAAGUUUGCUCAACAAUGGUUAAAAUCUAAUAUCCAACCCUAUGUUUCUGCCACGAAAAUCGUCCGAAUUUUAGUCGGAAAUGAAGUAUUAUCAACUGCAAACAAAUUGUUAAUUGCCCGCCUUGUUCCAGCUAUGCAGACUCUCCAUGCGGCUCUUGUCGAAGCAUCAUUAGACCGUAAAAUCAAAGUUUCGACGCCUCAUUCCUUAGGCAUUCUCUCGACUUCGAGCCCGCCGUCGACGGGAAAAUUCCGACAAGGUUACGAUAUUCAUGUGCUUAAACCAUUGCUUAGCUUCCUCAGAGAGACCGAUUCGCCAUUUAUGAUAAAUCCUUAUCCGUUUUUCGGAUUUUCCGCGGAUACGCUUGAUUACGCACUAUUUAGGCCUAAUCCUGGAGUGAUCGAUGUUAACACCAAACUUAUGUACACAAAUAUGUUAGAUGGGCAGCUUGAUGCAGUCUUUUCAGCAAUCAAACUCCUUGGUUUUAGUGACAUUGAUAUAGUCAUAGCCGAGACCGGAUGGCCUUCGAAAGGCGAUUCUUCACAAGUUGGUGUAGAUGUAGAAAAUGCAGCUCAGUACAACGGAAAUCUUAUGAAACAUGUAACAUCUGGUGCUGGGACUCCUCUCAUGCCUAAUCGGACAUUCGAGACUUAUAUGUUUGCACUAUUUAAUGAAAAUCUCAAACCCGGACCGACAUGUGAGCGGAAUUUUGGAUUGUUCCAGCCAGACAUGACUCUGGUUUAUGAUAUCGGAAUCCUGCGGUCCACGUCUAGAUCAUCCACUCCCAGGAACCCGAGCCCGGUGCCAAUGGUUGCACCACCAGCAGUGAAUACAGCACCUGCAGGGAAACAGUGGUGCCUACCGAAAACAGGGGCCGACACAGAGGCUUUACAAAGAAACAUCGAUUAUGUUUGUGGGUUGGGAUCAGAGUACUGUGGAGCUAUUCAAUAUGAUGGUGAGUGCUUCCUUCCAAAUACAGUUAGGGCACAUGCCGCAUUUGCGAUGAAUGCUUACUAUCAAGCUAACGGAAGGAACGAUUAUGAUUGCGAUUUCAAAUUGACCGGAGCUAUCACCAGUGUUGAUCCAAGCUAUGGAAAUUGCAACUACUGAAAUUAUGAAGAAGUCAGCAAACACUACUUUUCCUUUGAAUUUCUCCUAAUUUCUCCCCUUUCUUGUAUGAUGUAAGUAGAAUAAGCACUAGCUAUAUCGGCACAGCGUGCCUCAAGAGAUUGAACAAAAGGGCAGUCCGCAGAAUCCAAACCGAUAAUUGCUUGCACAAGAGCUUAAAUAAUUCAAUUGAUAUCUUCCACAUGAUUUUUCGGUAGUGACCAAUUAGGAUCAUGAUAUCGAAAACAGCUACUUCCCAGUUAUAUAUAGUGACAUAGACGGCAUAUUUGUCUACGACUGCUAGACAUAAUAUUGUCGUGCACAGUGCAUUCAUAACUACAUAA